AUGUCUCAGAAAAAGAAUGAAGAGCUUCCACCCACCAAGGCACCCCUCCCUCCAUUCGGAGAGCCAGGGCACCAAGGAAAAUCCGCUCUCCUCCGCGAAAACUUUCUCUGCAACCUCGCAGAUGCGAUCGUUCCUGCUGGUCUUUUCGGUGAUCACAAGAGACACCGCCGAGACAGCGCCUAUAGGGCGGGAGAUUUCAAGAAAGCCGAUGUGGAGGCCCAAGAUGAGGAGGAUGACUGGGUCAAUUUGGUAGAUAAGACUGUCAAAUCUGGUCCUCUUCAAAUCACACCUCGUGAUGCAAAAUCUGAAGAGCGUCGUCGCAGUUCUAGCAUGAGUAAAUCUCCACCGAUGAGUCCGGGUUUUAGCCAGGCUAAGCUCAGUGCGAGAUCGAUCCAGGACGCGUUUGUUGCUUGGGCUAUUACAGGUGAUACCGAUCUGACACCUGCCGUGCUUGGUCAUCCCGACAACUCCAAGUUCGUCCUUCGUCGGUACGAUAUUCGGAACCCAACCAAGAUCGAGAAGAAGCGCAUCGAUUUGCACAUUGACGAAUUUGACUGGAAUAACAAGGAGCAUGUUGACAGGCUGAACAAGGCUCGCCGUCAUUGGGAGAUUAAUACCCUAGAGUCCAACCCACAGACCAGUGGAAAGUCUCGUGUCACAAUUGAUGGAAGACGCUCACCAGUUGACACCUCCGUGGGAAGUUGGUCGCCUGGUGAUGAGAAGGAUGGUGAAGACUUGAUCGAUCUUUACAACACUUAG